GGGGUGUCGAGGAUAGAGUGAGUUGAGGAGAUUGAUUGUGCCAUGCCACACACACUUGAAGCUCAGUCUCCCUUGGAGACAGUGGCAGCGCUGGAUCACGACAUGACGUUGCAACAGUAGCGUGACUGCACUGCCUCCAGUCAGCUGUGUCACUACUAUCCAGACAGACAGAGGAGGAAGAGUGUGGGGAGUGAGACGGCCUGGACUGAAGUGCUGGGAAGAGGGGUUGACAGAUCUGGGAAACAGGCAGGUGAAGUGGGGUGGUGGUGGGAGGUUGGGGGGGUAAGUGAAGAGCGUGAAGAAGAAGCGGAGGAGUAAGAAUGAACGGAGCAAGGAGGAAGAGCUGCUGAGCACACACACACACGCACACAGACAUAGACUUCCCUGGGAAGGACAGUGUGUUGUGGCCCCCAGUGGAGGAUGAAGAAGCACUCUGCCCGAGUGGCUCCUCUCAGCUCCUACAGCACUCAGGUCCUGACCUGCCCCAUCUCUGAAGGAGAGGAUGGUUUGGAGUCUCAUGCUGAGACGCCAGGCAGUGAGGCAAGUGGGGAGAGCCGGUCGUACCAGACAUGCACCAGCACAGUGCUGAAGGUGCUAGCUGGUCUGCUGAUGGUGCUUUGCGUCUCCUCCUCCUGGGUGGGUACCACUCAGGUGGUCAAGCUGACCUUCCAGUCAUUCUCCUGUCCUUUCUUCAUCUCCUGGUUCAGCAGCAACUGGAAUAUUCUCUUCUUUCCCAUCUACUACUUCGGACAUGUGCUGAUGACAAGGGAGAAGCAGACACCCAUUCAAAAAUUCAGAGAGUGCAGUAAGCUGUUUGGUGAAGAGGGCAUGACUCUGAAGCUUUUUGUAAAGAGGACAGCGCCUUUUUCCAUCCUCUGGACGCUGACAAACUACUUGUACCUUUUGGCCUUGAAAAAGCUGACCGCCACUGAUGUCUCUGCCCUUUACUGCUGCCACAAGGCCUUUGUCUUUCUUUUGUCCUGGAUUGUCCUCAAGGACCGCUUCAUGGGUGUGCGGAUUGUGGCUGCCAUCAUGGCCAUCACAGGUAUCGUCAUGAUGGCAUAUGCUGAUGGUUUCCGUGGUGAUUCCUUUGUUGGCGUGGCAUUAGCUGUGGGCUCAGCUUCAACAUCAGCUCUUUAUAAGGUGCUGUUCAAGAUGUUCCUGGGCAGUGCCAGUCUCGGCGAGGUGGCUCAUUUUCUUUCCACCAUGGGUUUCUUCAACCUCAUCUUCAUCUCCUGUGUGCCCCUCAUCCUGUAUUUCACCAAAGUGGAGCAAUGGGGCUCACUGUCCUCGCUGCCGUGGGGGUACCUAUGUGGCCUAGCAGGACUGUGGCUUGUGUUCAACAUCCUGGUUCAUGUUGGUGUGGUGCUCACAUACCCUAUUCUCAUAUCCAUAGGAACGCUACUUAGCGUGCCUGGAAAUGCAGCUGUAGAUGUUCUGAAGCAUGAGGUGAUCUUCAGCGUGGUGCGUCUGGCCGCCACCUGCGUCAUCUGCCUGGGCUUCCUGCUCUUGCUGCUUCCAGAGGAGUGGGACUCGGUCACAUUGCGCUUCCUGGCCACCAUCGCCGAUAAGAAGUCGGAAGAGCACGGCGAGGAGCUCACAGAGUCCAGCGUGCACACGAGAAGCCGCAGUCGAGCCAAUGGUGCGGUUUCCCUUCCCUUAGGAACUCCUCUGUGAGAUCUUACUCCACUGCCCACCCAAGGAGGGGCACCAAAUGAUCUGGAAGGCAGGAUGGAUUGUAAACCACAAAUUUAUGGGGGAUGCAUCACUGUUUCCAGCUGCACCUGGCUCACUACAAGAGGGAUAUUUAUGAGUUUUGCAAAUGAAAAUGGUGCAAAGUGUUAUUUACUUUCUUGAUAAACCUACCACACUCAAGUCCCUCGCACGCUGACUGGCCUCUGCCCUGCUCUGCUCUGCAGAAUGUAUUCUGUGAAUAUAAAUCCUGGCAGGGACAGUCUGGCUUAACCUAUGUAUUUAGCGAUGGAGUAAUACAUGUAUUUAUUUCAAGUCCUAAAGGACUGCAUUACAUAUAAGAAAGUUUAACAGUUAUUCUACGUAUAAUGUACAGCAUCUUUUGUUGCUUUUUAAUAAAAAAAGAAGCUCAAGCGAAUUUAUUCUGAUUUGGAGAUUGAGAAUAAUUUAUGGAACAACUUUGUUUUAUCAUUUUCCACAGUGUCUUCCGCUUAUGUCCACUGAGAUCCACUGAGGGUCUAUGGAAUAUAAACACAUUGUAUCUGAAACAAACAUAAAAUAAUUUAGCAAGAGCAACUUUCAAAUAUUUCACGAUGAGCCUUAAAAAUCUAUUUUAAAAUGAAUUUACUUGAUGCUGUCAGAUGAUUGAAAUCUUAAGUCCGCAAGGUAUUUUUUAAUGAAUACUGUACACUGCAUUCACAUUUCAUACUCUAAUUAGCACUGCUUAGGCCAAUAGCCGCUUCGCCAUUCCUGCCGCUUAAAAGAAAACCAAACGCUAACACUAUGCUGUACAUAACUGCCAGGUCGCUACAAUACCGUUAUUAAGGCAAGACACCUACUUAGCCCUUUAUCUGGGAAUACAGUAACUCAGAGCAUGAGUAACUUCCACCGGUGAUCGGCACUGCUUGUAAAUUUGGCUCAGGCAAAUAGAGUAUAACAAGCGUACUGUAAAUGGAACAGCUCGUUGAUAAAAGGCUCAGAAAACUCCAAAACUACAACAUCAUCUGCAAUAGUUCAGAAUGAAUAUUUAUCUAAUAUGACAAAAACAUAAAACGUUUACUCACCGGAGAUGUCAAUUUCUCUUCCUCAGUCAGCCAUUGUGGGCGUAACUUGGCUUGUCAAACAGUUUGGCUCCGAUCAACCAACCAGAGGACGGAAAAAUGCUGACGUUAUUGUAAGACAGCUAACUGGCCUUGUGAGGCGAAUCUGAAAUCUGAUUGGUUAAAGAAACAGCUCAUUGCUAAUAGUGUGUAUGUCACAUGGGCCAGCGCUACUAAUUAUGAAGGGCCUGGUGAGAUUACAUUGAUAUGGCAACACAUAGAAGCUUUUGUCUGAUUGGACAAAAAAAAAAAUAAAAAAAUCGAACAUACACAUACGAUACUGGAAGCAGUGCAGUCAAGAGACAGGCUAUGGAAUGAAGAUAACUGACAGCUGGGAAUAAAUGAACACAAUUUCAUGGAACAAAUACUUGCUGCCUUUUUAUGUGAAUAGGUGCCUACUAACA